AUGGCCACACUUUUUCCGUCAACGCAACCCGGCGUGAUCAUCCACUCCGAUCGCAAGCACUUUUCUUUCUUCCUCGCUUUCAUUUCGGAGCUGUGGGCAAACUGCGACCUUGACCUACCGCUUCCCUACUACAGACACGGCUUUCACACACUUGUCAGAAUGCGACACUCUUUUCAGCACUGCUCGCCACGGCCUCACGACGCGACGGGUCAGCACUCAGCAGCAACAGCAACAAGACUGACAUGA